UAUACAUGCGUCCACGUAUGGACAAAUAUCAUGUGCUCUUCGUUGCAAUAUGCCUUUUCGAUACUCUGUCAGCUGUUGCUGGUAUAAUAUGUAUGUCCCACGCACGUUGUAAAAACAUGAUGCAGGUGGCGAGUGAUGAGGAAGCUUACUGUCAAUUCAACGCAUUUCAUGUUGGUUGCUGCCAUGUCAGAAAAAAGGCUGCUUUUUGGGGACAGUGGAGUACUUGGGGUUCUUGUAGUGUGACUUGUGGAUCAGGUGGAACAAGGACCUCUACCAGAAGAUGUAUGGGGUCAGGGUCAUGUCAGGGGUCAUCUUCAAGGACAGAAGCUUGCAGCCACACACAACCUUGUCCAAUUGAUGGUUAUCUGAGUGACUGGAGUAGCUGGACUUCCUGUAGUCAGACAUGUGGGUGGGGCCAACAGACAAGGUCACGUGUCUGUCAUCAACCACAGUAUGGAGGCUUACAAUGCAACGGAGAUUUGGAAGACAGCAAAUAUUGUCAUGAUAAAUACUGUCCAGUGAAUGGAUGGACUGGGGAUUGGGGCAGCUGGACUUCGUGCAGCGUGACCUGUGGUAACGGUUAUAUGUCUAGAUCACGUGUCUGUCAUCCUCCAAAAUAUGGUGGCUCCCCAUGUACAGAGAAGUUAAGAGAUUUAAGGACGUGUUUCAGGGCACCAUGUCCAG